AAUGAAAAAAGAGAAAAUAGGAGGAGUAAUAUGGUUGGGGAUGAAGAGUACCACUUACAUCAUAUAUUUUAUUUACAUCAAAUUUCCCAUAACCUUCAUAUCUACUCUUGUUUCCUCUCUCUCUUUCACUUGCCUUUGCUUCUUUUGUUUGUGUUUUAAGGAAGACAAAUCUUCCUCUUUUGUUUUUCCACUGAUUUUCGUGAUGAAGUGCGCCACUAUGACUUCCGGAUUUGAACCCUCGCCGUCCAAAGACAUGCCAGCGGCGGAGGAGGAAGAAGACGAUUGGAGGAGUUCGUCCUCCCCCAUGACCUCCUCUUCGAUCGGGAGGAACAGUGAUGCUGACGUGUCUGGAAGAUCAUCGGACGGCGACGAUGAAAAUGAGGUUCAAAGCUCUUAUAAUGGUGGUUUAAACAUGAUGGAUUCCCUCCAACAGGUUUUGCCUAUGAGGAGAGGCAUCUCGAGUUUCUACAAGGGCAAAUCAAGGUCUUUCACAAGCUUAGCCGAUGCUUCUACAGCUUCAACGAUUAAAGACAUAGCAAAGCCUGAAAACGCUUACACCAGGAGGAGAAGAAAUCUAUUGGCAAUCAACCACAUAUGGGACAAAAACAGGAACAAUAAAAGACCCAUUAGGCCCAUCAGCUCAAGCAAAAGCACAUUGGCUCUAGCUGUUGCAAUGAGUAGCUCUGAAAGUAUGUCUAGUAUCAGUGAAGACUCUACUUCAACUUCAAGCCCUCGGCUUCCUCCAUUAUACCCACAAACCAGAUCAUCUUGCAAUAAUGAUAAUACCACCCCAUCAUCGCCGCCGUGCCGGAAUCUCUCUAAUUGGCGGUCUUUCUCGCUGGCUGAUGUGAGGGAAUAUGGUACUGUUAUAGGAAGCACUAAUCCACACUGCGCUUCAUUUCAUAAUGAAAACCAACUCUUGAGAAAGGGACUUUGACAAUAAUCUGUUGUUUAAGUGUACACGUAGCUUGAUGUAUAUGCUUUCAGGGGGAUUUAGGUUUCCUUUCGUCAAAUGUGGUGGUUUUCUUUACCCGAUGUAAAAAGGAAAAUGUUGGCGCAAGCCUUUGUCUAAUGUUAUUUAAUGGCAGGUACAAUAUGUUGAUACAUACAAAUAAAUGAAGAAAAACUAGAUGGUUUCAUCUA